UAUUCGAAAAAAGCAAUGAUUGACGUUUGAUUGUGCUUUCUUCUAUUGUCUUAUAUCAGUAAAGUCCCAGAGCCAUACAUGUACCUCAGAAAAAAAAACCUUUUAGGUGUUUUGUUUAGAGAAAAAACAUACAAAUUAUAGAGAGCAAUUCUAAUGCUAGCUGACAGUCGUGUCAGAAAGACGGGAUCUUAGAUUCUUUUAAGUGUUGAAUCCAAUAUUGGAAAGCCAAGGCUGACAAGAGACAAUUACCUUUUGAGUAAAUCAAAUAAAUCUGCAUAAGAAUGAAUCUUAUUCACGGGCCGACAAAAGCCAAUGACAAGUACGCCGAGUUUUGUAAAGUACUGAUUAGAGAGCUUAGCCGAGCCAAUCAACGCUGCCGGCUAUCAGUGAAUUGUUUACAGACUACAAUAAAAGUAUUGACUGUUCAUGAGCUUAGGGGUGACAGUUUUAGGGUAUGGCACUUAUUACACAAAAAAAUUGCAAAUUACAAAACUAACAGUUGAGUCGAGUAGGCUAGCAAACUAUACGGCCAUAACCGCAGUAAUGUCGUCGGGUUCCACUUUAGAAGAUGAAAAUGUAAUACGUUCACCAAGAUGUGCCAGGUGCCGAAACCAUGGCGUUGUUUCGUAUCUAAAGGGACACAAACGGUAUUGUCAAUGGAAAGAGUGUUCGUGCAGCAAAUGUAGUUUGAUCAUCGAGAGACAACGCUUGAUGGCCGCACAAGUCGCUCUUAAACGGGAUGAAGAAGAUGUGGUGGGAUACGCUGAAGCUUCUCCGUGUUUAGUCUUUCGAACAAGCUCAGUUGACAGACCAAACGUUGGAAGAGUAGUAAAUGGACAAGAAGCUAAUAAAAGUCACACGUUCAACUACAGCAAUGAAACUCCAAGUUUAUACCAAGAAAAAGAUGCCGCCAAAGAAAAUGAAGAAGGGUCUCCUUUGAAACGAAGGUUUUCCGAGGACACGGCAUUUCAGUCACCCUCCGAUGGUGCAGCAGACGACGUGUUUUACGAAUACGAAGAACCUCGUAUUAAUCAACCACUGCCAAAAAGGCAGCACACUUUAUCUCAAGAAAGUGGCUCCAACAGCUCUGUGGCAGAUAAAGAUGUAUCUCCGCCAAGUAGAAGUCAAGACGUCUAUUAUGAUGAAAAUGGUGCUCACAAGAAUAGCGCUCAUAUUCCUGCUUUAGAAUUACUUUCCAGACUUUUCCCAACACAAAAGCAAAGUGUCUUGGAGUUAAUCCUGAAAGGCUGUCCUGGAAACGUCUUGCAAGCUAUUGAAUGUGUCCUGCCAAGCCACGAGAAAGCAAUGCUGCUAGCAAAACAAAAUGAAACGGCUUCUGUACAAUACAGUUCGAACAUGCGCUCUGCAUUUGCACCACAUAAUGCAGUUUAUGGUUCGAGUGUUCGUCUUCCAUACUCCUUGCUUACCAGCCAGCCUCGUUUUACUUAUCCAAUAUUGGAAUAUGUUUCCCAUCAAAGGCCGCGCUCUCUAAGUGCUACUGGUCCUAAAACAAGCGAAGAACAAAAUCUAAAGUCAUCUGCAUCUUUAGGCGACAUGAAUAAUAUCGUAGGUCGAGUUUGUCCCGAGUGUUCGAUUACCUGCUCGGCCUCAAGUAAUUUUUGCUAUUCUUGUGGGAAAUGCUUCAAAGAGUCCUAAAUAAAGCAUAAACUAAAACAUACAUAUCUUGAAAUUAAUAUGUUAAAGUUAUUAUAAAUUUCCGACAUUUGAGGUCGCUCUCAUGUGACCUAGAAAAUAAUGCAUACUCAUGUGGAACCUAACUACUCCAUUGGCGAAAUAAAAGUGCGAUAGUGUUGACGCAUUCAGGCAUCUUAUGUUUUUCUGGAGUUGUAACGAAUUCGAAGGUCUCAUAAAUUAGAGGUUGAUAUCUAGAUAUCGAAAAUUUUGCGCACUGACAAAUUUAGGAGUAAAACAAAACAAAAAUGAUCCACCAUCCUAGAGACUUUUUAGGACAAGUUUUUUGUUGGAGUUAGAGGUUGAAAAGAUAGUAAAAACGUGGUUUACAGUGCUUCGAGUUUUAUUAUAUAAAAAUGUUGCGAUAUAGAUUUUCUUUCCCUGUAAUAGCAUUUGUAAAAAUAACAGCAUUAGUUCCCGUUAGCCUUUCCGAGGUCGAGAAAAAACUGCGGGUCGAGGUGGCAUUGCAGUGUACUGGGGAACUUGUUGUAUAUUAAUUCUGAAAAACCACAUGUAUUUCUUGUUCGUCUUUAUUCAAGUUUUAUAGGGUUAAAUUUAGAGAAACGGUACUAAGCUUUAUUAUUGAAAGGAAUUGGGUUUUGAGAACUAUGAGUCUGCCAUUUUUUCAAAACAUGCGCCCCAAAAAACUUAUGCUUCUUUAAUUAAUUCCUUUAAUAAGCCUGGGUUAAUUAAAAUCGUUUUCUGUUUCAGCUUUUUUUUUAUUGAAAAUAAACGCUUUGUUUGGUGUA